UUACGGCUAGACCUGUGCGCUGCAAGGAGCUAAGGCCUUCAGUGUCCCCUUCCUCACCCAGGUUACUCACAACAUGGAUUCUCAGCGUGAACUUGCAGAGGAACUGCGGCUUUACCAAUCCACCCUUCUUCAGGAUGGUCUAAGAGAUCUCCUGGAUGAGAAAAAAUUCAUCGAUUGCACCCUAAAAGCAGGUGACAAGAGUCUCCCGUGCCACAGACUGAUUUUGUCAGCUUGUAGUCCGUACUUCCGUGAGUAUUUUUUAUCCGAAAUUGAGGAGGAGAAGAAAAAGGAGGUAGUCCUAGACAAUGUGGAUCCUGCUAUGCUGGAAUUAAUCAUCAGGUACCUCUACUCUGCCAGUAUUGAUCUUAAUGAUGGCAAUGUGCAGGAUAUUUUUGCAUUGGCCAGCCGGUUUCAGAUCCCUUCAGUGUUCACUGUCUGCGUUUCUUACCUCCAGAAAAGACUUGCUCUUGGGAACUGUUUGGCCAUCCUAAGAUUAGGUCUCCUCCUGGACUGCCCAAGACUGGCCAUUUCCGCCCGGGAAUUUGUGUCAGAUCACUUCCUGCAGAUUUGUAAGGAGGAGGAUUUUAUGCAGCUUUCUCCACAGGAACUGAUCUCAGUCAUUUCAAAUGACAGCCUAAAUGUCGAAAAAGAAGAACUAGUGUUUGAGGCCGUGAUGAAAUGGGUACGAACAGACAAAGAAAACAAGGUCAAAAGCCUUAGUGAAGUGUUUGAUUGCAUCCGCUUUCGCCUGAUGACAGAAAAAUAUUUUAAAGAUCAUGUUGAGAAAGACGACUUAAUUAAAAGCAACCCUGAACUCCAGAAAAAAAUCAAAGUCCUAAAAGAUGCUUUUGCAGGCAAACUUCCAGAGCCUAGCAAAAAUGCAGACAAGAGUGGGACAGGCGAAGUGAACGGUGAUGUAGGAGAUGAAGAUUUACUUCCUGGUUACCUGAACGACAUUCCCAGGCAUGGAAUGUUUGUCAAAGACCUCAUCCUUAUGGUGAAUGACACGGCUGCGGUGGCUUAUGACCCCACAGAAAACGAGUGCUACCUGACGGCCCUGGCUGAGCAGAUUCCCCGGAAUCAUUCCAGCAUUGUAACUCAGCAGAAUCAGGUGUACGUGGUAGGAGGGCUGUAUGUGGAUGAAGAAAAUAAGGAUCAGCCUCUUCAAUCGUACUUCUUCCAGCUUGAUAACAUAGCAUCUGAGUGGGUUGGACUUCCUCCUCUGCCUUCAGCCAGGUGUCUCUUCGGUCUGGGAGAAGUAGAUGAUAAAAUCUAUGUAGUUGCAGGCAAAGACCUUCAAACAGAGGCUUCACUGGAUUCAGUAUUAUGCUAUGACCCUGUGGCUGUAAAAUGGAAUGAAGUAAAAAAACUUCCUAUCAAAGUCUAUGGCCAUAAUGUGAUUUCACAUAAAGGAAUGAUAUAUUGUCUAGGAGGAAAGACAGAUGACAAAAAAUGCACAAACAGGGUAUUUAUCUACAAUCCCAAAAAAGGAGAUUGGAAAGAUCUGGCUCCAAUGAAAACCCCUCGUUCCAUGUUUGGAGUGGCAAUCCAUAAAGGCAAAAUUGUGAUUGCAGGAGGUGUCACUGAAGAAGGCCUUUCAGCUUCAGUUGAAGCUUUUGACCUCACAACCAAUAAAUGGGAUGUAGUGCCUGAAUUUCCCCAAGAAAGAAGUUCCAUCAGUUUAGUCAGCUUGUCUGGAUCCCUGUACGCCAUUGGUGGUUUUGCUAUGAUUCAGCUGGAGUCAAAAGAGUUUGCACCCACUGAAGUUAAUGACAUAUGGAAGUAUGAAGAUGAUAAAAAGGAAUGGGCUGGGAUGUUGAAGGAAAUCCGUUACGCUUCAGGAGCUAGUUGCCUAGCAACACGUUUAAAUCUCUUCAAACUGUCUAAAUUAUAAAGAAGAAGGUGACAAAACAACUGAUUAGGAAGAGGUUUACUUGGAAAAUAGGGAUUUCAUUUAUUGGGGAUUUUAAAGCCUACAAAGAGAUUCCUUUAGAAAUCUAUCCUUUACUAAGUUAUUGUCUAAAGAGGUUGGCAGUGAGUAUCAAUAGUCAAAGAAUCAGCAAUGUUUUGCUCAGAUUUUGAAA